CCUGGGCACCGUGGUAUGGGAUAUCUAGCAAACAGUCACUCUGUACCCUCAGGUCGAGCUGAUCCAUGAUGGUGGGGGUAGCGUUGUGCUUAAUGGGAUUCGUCCUCGGGGUGGCAGGUAAGGGGAUGCUCUAUCCCCGGGAGUCUGAGAGUAGAGAUAUGAAGAACCUGGACGGUAUGUGGAACUUCCGCGCUGAUUCGUCACCCUCCAGGAAACAAGGCUUUGACCAAAACUGGUUUAAGUCGCCAUUGUCUCAGACAGGGCCUGUGAUUCCGAUGCCCGUGCCCUCCAGCUUCAACGACAUCACCCAGGACAAGGCGCUGAGGGACUACGUCGGCUGGGUGUGGUAUGACAGAGAGUUCUUCGUCUCCUCGGACUGGCUGAAACACAGGGUCGUCCUCAGAUUUGACAGUGCCCAUUACUACUCCAUUGUUUGGGUGAACUCGCAGGAGGUGAUGCGGCAUGACGGGGGACAUCUGCCUUUCGAGGAGGAAAUUAACUCCUAUAUCACAUUUGGCGGCAGUAACCGCGUGACGAUCGCUGUCAACAACACCCUGACACCUCACACCCUCCCUCCUGGAUCCAUCACAUACAAGACGGACAGAUCCAGAUAUCCAGCCGGUUACUUUGUGCAGAAUGUGCAGAUGGACUUCUUCAACUAUGGAGGGAUACAUCGUCAUGUACGACUCUACACGACACCAAACACAUACGUCGACGACGUCACCAUCACCACGGAUAUCGCUGCAGGAAAAGGCGUGGUCAACUACAAGGUUGAAAGUGGAGGCAGUCCCGGUGUCACCAGUGUCAACGUCGACGUAGUGGACAAAGCAGGGAAUGUAGUGGGCAGCUCAGACCGCAUGAGCGGAGUGAUCACGGUUACAAAUCCCAAUCUGUGGUACCCAUAUACCAUGACGUCCGGCACGCCUGCAUAUCUGUAUGUAUUUAAGGUGAGCCUUGUGUCUGCGACUGGAACAGACGUCUAUCGUCUACCUUUCGGUAUCCGCACUGUCCGAGUGACCGACUCCCAGAUAUUGGUCAACAGCAAACCCUUCUACUGCCAGGGUGUGGCCAAACACGAGGACUCCGACAUAAGAGGAAAAGGCCUGGACUAUGCGCUGAUCGCCAAGGACUUCAACCUGCUCAAAUGGAUGGGGGUCAACUGUUUCCGGACAUCCCACUACCCGUACGCCGAGGAGAUCAUGGAUCAGGCAGACCAGCAGGGCAUCAUGGUCAUUGACGAGAGUCCGGGAGUCGGGAUUGAUGAAAAUGAAAACUUCAGCAACAUUUCGUUGACGCAUCACCUUGACGUGAUGACCGAGCUGGUGCAGAGAGACAAAAACAGGCCCUCGGUGUUCAUGUGGUCUGUCGCCAACGAGCCCAGGACUGACAAAGCUAUAUCGGAGGCAUACUUCAAA